AUUUGAGGAAGGUGUCAGAAUGGCUGCUGUCAAAAACCUUUAUUUUCUGUUGGCCAUUUUGGUGGCGUCAAUAGUUAUUUUGGCACAGCCAGGGAGAGCUGCACCCGAAUCCCCCAACGUUACUGAUGUCUUGACCGGAGGUCUGAAGGAAAACUCCAACAAGCAAGUUGCACCAUCCGAUGGCGGUCUUUUUCGAUAUUUUGCAUUGAACUGGCCCAGUUUGGACUUGUUUGGAAGCUCUCGUGAAAAGAGGUCUGCUCAACGAUCAAAUAACAAUAGGAGGAAUAACAGGAGGAAUAAUGGACGGAAUAAUGGACGGAAUAAUGGACGGAAUAAUGGGCGGAAUAAUAGAAGAAACAAUGUAGGUGGUAAUAGAAGGAACAACAGAAGAAACAACGGACGGAACAAUAGAAGGGCUAAUAGAGGAAAUAAUAGAAGGGGUAACAGAAGGAACAAUGGAGGUCGCCGUCGACAAAAUAGACGCAAUAACAACGGUAAUGGUGGUGGUGGCGGCGGUGGGCAAGGUGAAGAACGAUGCAACUUCAAAAAGCAGGGUCGAUCAAUGUGCACAUCCUGCAAUACUGUACGGCGCUGCAAUCAAAAUAACAACGCCAGAGAAAUUACUUGCAGUGGCGAUACCCCGUACUGUAAACAGGGUCGAUGCUCUAAGACUAAAGGAGCACUUUGCGGAAGCACAACAACUAGCUCUGAAACAGACGACGAUUCAGAUUCUGAUUCAACUGAUUCGAAUGAUUCAGACACAAGUACGAAAGCUUCUGGAAAGACUAGUACAAAUGCUUCGGGUAAAUCAAGUUCCAAAGCAUCAGGAACUAGCAGUACCAAAGCUUCUGGUAAGACGAGUACAAAGGCGUCAGGAAAGUCGAGCACAAAGGCGUCAGGAAAGUCAAGCACAAAGGCGUCAGGAAAGUCGAGCACAAAGGCGUCAGGAAAGUCGAGCACAAAGGCGUCUGGCUCAACGAGUACUAAAGCUUCGGGAACCACAAGUACCAAAGCCUCAGGUACAACAACCACUAAAGCUUCAGGCUCGACAACUGUAAAAGACUCAGAUACAACAAGCACUAAAGGUUCAACUAGUACAAAGGGCUCAACCAGCACUAAAGGCUCAACCAGUACAACCGGCUCGACUACUACUACAGGUUCCACAACUUCAACUGGUUCGACUAGCACCACGGGCUCGACAACAAGCACUAAAGGCUCUACCACAAGUACCACCGGCUCUACAACAUCGACUGGUUCGACUAGUACUACGGGCUCCACAACUAGUACAGCCGGCUCAACCAGCACCACAGGUACUACAACUUCAACGGGCUCGACAACUAGUACCACAGGCUCCUCCAGUAGUACUACUGGUUCAACCACCUCCACUGGUUCAACCACCUCCACUGGUUCAACCACCACUACGGGAUCGACAACCAGUACAACAGGCUCGACAAGUACUACCGGUUCAACUACCUCUACUGGUUCGACGACUACCACGGGUUCGACAACUAGUACAUCAGGUUCAACCAGUACAUCCGAUUCAACUAGCACGACCAGCACCACGGACUCAACCACUGAUUCAACCACAAGUACAACUGAUUCAACUACAAGUACAACUGACUCCACUACAAGCACAACUGAUUCAACAACAAGCACAACUGACUCAACUACAAGCACAACUGAUUCAACCACAAGUACUACUGACUCAACCACAAGCACUACCGAUUCAACCACAAGCACUACUGAUUCAACCACGAGCACCACUGAUUCUACCACAAGCACAGAUUCAACAACCAGCACAACUGACUCUACUACAAGCACCACUGACUCUACUACCAGCACAACAGAUUCUACCACAAGCACUACCGAUUCAACCACAAGUACUACUGAUUCAACCACAAGCACCACUGAUUCUACCACAAGCACAACUGACUCUACUACAAGCACCACUGAUUCUACUACAAGCACAACCGAUUCAACUACAAGCACAACUGACUCUACUACAAGCACAACAGACUCUACUACAAGCACCACUGACUCUACUACCAGCACAACUGAUUCAACCACAAGUACUACUGACUCAACCACAAGCACUACCGAUUCAACCACAAGCACUACUGAUUCAACCACGAGCACCACUGAUUCUACCACAAGCACAGAUUCAACAACCAGCACAACUGACUCUACUACAAGCACCACUGACUCUACUACUAGCACAACUGACUCUACUACCAGCACAACUGACUCUACUACAAGUACAACUGACUCAACUACCAGCACAACUGAUUCAACCACAAGCACAACCGAUUCAACCACAAGCACAACUGACUCUACUACAAGCACAACUGACUCAACUACCAGCACAACUGAUUCUACUACCAGCACAACUGACUCUACUACAAGCACAACUGACUCAACUACCAGCACAACUGAUUCUACUACCAGCACAACUGAUUCUACUACAAGCACAACCGAUUCAACCACAAGCACAACUGACUCUACUACAAGCACAACUGACUCAACUACCAGCACAACUGAUUCUACUACCAGCACAACUGACUCUACUACAAGCACAACUGACUCAACUACCAGCACAACUGAUUCUACUACCAGCACAACUGAUUCUACUACAAGCACAACCGAUUCAACCACAAGCACAACUGACUCUACUACAAGCACAACUGACUCUACUACAAGCACUACUGAUUCAACCACAAGUACUACUGACUCAACCACAAGCACCACUGACUCAACCACAAGCACAACGGCCAGCGGAUACCUGGUUUCAUCCACGAUAAUCUUGGCACAAGAACAAAGUGAAGCAACUGAAGCUUCAAAUGAUUCUGAAGCCACGUCCGCCGCUUCCAGUGAUUCCAGUGACCAGCCACCAAGCCAAGAAGUAGGCCCAGCGGGUCCCGGACUGAAAUUCCCUAAGUUGCCUGACUUUUUAGGAGGCCUUUCACGUCAAAAGCGCUCUGCACAAAGAGAAAAUCGUCGCCGAAACAGGAACAACAGAGCUAGCGGAGAUAACAGCGAGAAUGGGAACAACGGGAAUAAUAGACGUAAUAGGAACAACAGGCGUUCGAACAGGCGUAGCAACCGUCGUAGUCGUGCGGUCCGAUGCAACUAUAGGAAGCAGGGCCGUAACAUGUGCACCUCAUGCACGUCACGUCAACGUUGCAACCGUUUUAAUGUAGGUAGAGAAAUCCAAUGCCGCGGACGUACUCCAUACUGCAGGAACGGUCGAUGCUCUAGCAGGAAAGGGGCACUUUGCGGCUCCACUUCCACAACAAGUGGUGAUUCAUCCCAAAGUUCUGGUGGCAGUGAAGAAUCAGGAUCCUCCUCCAGUUCGUCGGGCACCACAAGUUCGAACGAGGACAAUUCAGGGUCUUCCACCUCAUCAGGUUCUUCAGGCUCAUCAAACUCAUCAGACUCGUCGGAUUCCAACUCAUCUAGUUCAUCUUCCUCGUCGGAUUCCGACUCCUCCAGUUCUUCAUCCUCAUCAGCUUCCGAUUCCUCUAGUUCAUCUACUGCGUCCGAUUCUGACUCUUCUAGCUCAUCUUCUGCGUCGGACUCUGAUUCCUCUAGUUCAUCAUCCUCAUCUAGCAGCACAACCGCUUCUAGUGACGAUAGUACAUCCACCACUUCAGGGUCUGACUCAGAUACGACUAGUACAACCGCCUCAGAUUCUACUAGCACAACAGAGUCGUCAGAUUCAUCCAGUACCUCUGACUCGACUAGUUCUUCCGAAGACUCCACUAGUUCUUCGAGUACUUCGGACUCCACCAGCACCUCAGAUUCAACCAGUACUUCUGAUUCAACAAGUACAUCUGACUCAACCAGUACAUCUGACUCGUCUAGUACAUCUGACUCGACCAGCUCGUCAUCUUCCAGCUCAUCAACUUCGACUACAAGUAGCGAUAGCGAUGAUAGCUCAUAAGUCAAUAAACCAUGAGAUGGUAAAGAUCAACCGUUAUGACCCUAUGCCAGCCGCACGUCAACUGGACAUGAAAAUAUCUGUUAUUUAUCUACUCUAUUUACCAAUAUUUAUAACCUUCUCCCGAAUAAAGUAUUGUGCAUAAUUAUU